AUGCAUGACCUCGGAAAGAUCCUCGCGUGGCUGCCGUUCAGGCAAAGUGUUCAACUGCUACUGUCGCGUGUCCUACAACAACCAUCACUGAGCGCUAACUUGUCCCGCAAUCGGAGCGCAUACGCUGGUCAACAAUGCAGCAACGAGAUGUAUAGGGUGUUGCGCGAUGUCGUCGUCUUCUUGUGCAUCCGCGGCGCUAUCGGCACAACUGGCAGCAAUAAUACGACAACAACAACCACCGCCUCGGUGCCAAUAUCGAGCAAAAUAUCACCCUUGGGCACGUCGCUCGGCAGUACUGCGUCGUCUUCGCCAUCCGUGAACGCAACAUGUCCAAGCCGGACAGCAAAUUAUAUCACGCAUACACUCCCGCAAAAGUGUCUUCGGACUGAUCGGGCGCCUCACAAUGCAUCAAAGGCACACGAGACAAAUGUCACCGAUGUCUCGACCACAGUGACAAGUACCACGACAGUCAUUGAAGUCGUUGACACCACUACUUUGGCUGCAUGGACAGGAUCCGUGACGGUUGGCGCUAGCGAUUCAGCCGCCGCGACUGCACAGGAUGACUGCCUGCCUACGCCUCCGACAGUAUCAGAGGUGGCCACAAGUACCAUCACCGCUGUCCGAGAGUCUCCAACAGAAGAAGAGAGCGAGUCGCCACUAGACAAUGCGAACUUCCUUUCCUUCGAAGACUGGAAAAGGCAGAAUCUGGAAAGGCUGGGACAGUCGCCUGAAAAUAUCGGUCGAAGUCAGCCCGCGAACCCCCAUCGUCCACGACCAGGCAUCAACAACGCUCUGGAUACGCUGGGGGAGGAGAGUGAGAUUGACCUGGACUUCUCUGGCUUUGGCGGAGCUGUCCAGCAACCUGUUCCCGACGAUCCUCGAGGUGGCACCGCUUCCUCUGCAGUACCUACGGUUGAUGUUCAACAGGGCGGUCAUGCCGUUCAUCGUUCUAAAGAUGCUGGCAAGACAUGCAAAGAGCGAACCAACUAUGCUUCUUUCGACUGCUCAGCCACUGUUCUGAAGUCCAACAAGGAACUCAAAUCCGCCUCUUCGGUUUUGAUUGAGAACAAGGAUAGCUAUGCUCUGAACACCUGCUCUGCCACUAACAAGUUCUUUAUUGUGGAGCUCUGCGACGACAUUCAGGUGGAUACUAUCGUGCUGGCCAACUACGAGUUCUUCAGCUCAACGUUCAGGCAUUUUCGAGUGUCUGUCUCAGACCGUUAUCCAGUAAAGAUGGAGAAGUGGAAGGAGCUUGGAACCUUCGAAGCAAGGAACACGCGAGAGAUUCAGGCCUUUCUGGUAGAGAAUCCUUUGAUCUGGGCGAAGUAUCUCCGGAUAGAGUUCCUGUCACAAUACGGGACUGAGCAUUUCUGCCCCAUCAGUCUGCUUCGAGUUCAUGGGACAACGAUGAUCGAGGACUACCGACAUCAAGAGGAUUUUGCCAGAGGUGACGAUGACGAUGAAGCGGCGCUUGAACCAGAAGUCGUACCGAUCGCGCCCAUCGCACAGGAGCCGGCAACAUCGAGCGACUCUUCGACCGUGGAGGCUAUCUCAUCUACUGUGGUGGCCGAGUCCAAGCCUUCGGCGGGAGAGCCCCAGAAGCAGGCUGAGUCAGAAGAGCGUGCUGCAAGUCAACCUGGAUGGGUCGAGAAACUCGUACCGAACGCUGCGGCAGAUCUCAACGUGACCGGAACGAUGCAGGUUGGAGCUUACCAGCCGUCCAAUGGCAAUAUGACCUGCGAGAGCCCGACCGUCACAUCCGGUGUCGAGGCUACCUCGGAGUCUUAUAAGAUACCUGGUCUAUCGGGUGCUGUAAGCCCAUCUGCAGAGCCAUCUUUUUCUCCGGAAAGUAUCACGGGCGAAGAGACUCCAGCUUCUGCCGCAAAGGAGACGAGUAACAGUACAAAUAGCACGGUGACGUCUGCUUUAACCAGUCUACCGCACAUUGCAUCGACUGGGCCUGAGCAAUCGCCCGAGUCGCAGAUUCCGGGAACGUCAUUCUCACCAGUGCCAAGCUCGGAGACGCAUAACAAAACUGUACCAGAAGGUACUGUACCCGACGCCGCUCUGCACUCUGCCUCACCUAUUGAAUCUAUGAUCGCUCCAAACAACGUUACGACUACACCGCCUUCUGCUCAAUCGGCGACUUCGACAAAUCCGACUCGUGCGGUGGCUUCAAGCACGGCUAGCGAGAAGCCUCCACAGCCAUCGAGCCAAGAGUCAUUCUUCAAGUCGUUCAACAAGCGCCUCAAUCAGCUCGAGGCUAAUAGCACACUGAGCUUACAGUACAUCGAAGAGCAGUCACGUAUCCUGCGCGAUGCAUUCAGCAAAGUCGAAAAGCGACAAUUGGGUACUACCACGAAAUUUCUGUCUCAGCUCAACGAGACAGUCAUGGUGGAGCUGCAUGGCUUCCGCCAAGCAUACGACCAGCUCUGGCAAAGCACUGUCCUGGAGCUGGAAAGUCAGCGAGAGACCUAUCAGCGUGAGAUGCUUGCUUUGAGUUCACGUCUUACAAUGGUAGCCGACGAGCUCGUUUGGCAGAAGAGAAUGGGCAUUGUGCAAUCUACCCUUCUACUUUUAUGCUUGGCGCUCGUCCUGUUCGGCAGGAAUGGUAAUACCCUCGAAGUGCCACUGAUGCAGUCGAUGAUGAAUCGCUCAACGGCGGCAUUGCGAGCAGGCUGGGACUCACCUCCUAACAGCCCGUCCCCAGACAGCCGCAGCCCUGUGAGCCUGUUCAGGCGCAAACUUUGGCGAGCUAGUACGGAACCGACUGUGGAGCCGUGCAAUCUGACCGACUCUGAGGCUAGUCGCCCACAGAGCAGAAAUGGUUUGGAUGUGCACGACGAACCUCCAUCGCCGAGGACUUCUCACGGUGACUUUGAGGAUGAUCGGGCUGGUGGUGACAGUUCACCAGACCUGCAGCGGCCGAUACAGGAUAGCCAACCCUCAUCACCUGAGAAGAAAAGAAAGAAGCGGCCGAAGAAGCCACCGAACUGGCCUCAAGGACCGGGGCUGGGGCCCAAUGGCAGACCGAAGAGUCCAUUGGCACUUUAG